AAAGCACAAUAGUUGAAGGCAAUCUUUCUUUAUAGCAGUAUUUUUUGAAUUCUCAGAUUAUAACCUAUGUUGCCCUAUUUCAAUCAUGCUUAUCCCUCCUUUAUUCAUCUCUUUUUUUCUCCUUAAUUAUAAGUAUCCCACUCCCUCUCUUUCCCUCUUUCUUUCACGCAUAAAACAAACACUUCUAUUUCUUCUUCUUGAACUUUUUUUGUGGAAAAAAAAAAGAUUUUUUUUUUUUUUUUUUGUGAUUAAUUGGUUUGGAGUGUUAUGGGAGAAGAGAAAAUGGUUCUACCACCAGGGUUUGAGUUCGAUCCAACCGAUGAAGAGUUGAUCGUUAGCUUCCUAUAUCGAAGAGCUGCGAAUUUACCAUGCUACCCUAAUAUCAUCCCUGAUCUUGAUAUCUACUCAGCUCACCCUUGGGGGCUUCAUGGGAAGGCUUUUUGGAGUAAAAAUGAGUGGUAUUUCUUUAGUGGGUUGAAGCAAAAUCGAGCUACGGAAAAAGGGUUUUGGAAGGAUAUUGGAUUGAGUGAACCUAUCUUCACUAGCAAAGGAGAUGAAGUUGGCAUCAAGAAUUAUCUUGUUUUUUGUGUAGAUGGAGUUCAUAGUGAUUGGAUCAUGGAGGAAUACCACCUCCUCAACAACUACUCUACUACUUCCCAAAAUCAACUACGAGGUUUUAAAGAGUGGGUGGUAUGUAGAGUUCGUGAAGGAAAGGUGUUUGAUUGUGAGGAGAAGAUUAGCAAUGAUGAUGAUGAGGGAGUGGAGCUCUCCUAUCUUGACGAAGUGUUCUUCUCCAUGGAUGGGGAUGAUCAAGAUGAUGACAUCACUUUUCCUACUUAAUUAGCUAUAUUAAUUGACCAUAUACAGAUAAAUAUACAUACGUGUGUGUUGUGUUAUGUUAUGUUAUGUUAUGACUAAUCUUCUUACACUUAUAAUCAAAGCUUGCUACUUUAUAUGAUCAUGUAAAUAGAGAAAUUAAGGUGCUCCAAUACAUGUAAAAUACUACACAUAUGUAAAAGAAACACUAUUUGUGAGUU